AUGCGCCAGAAGACCAAGGAUGCCGCAGCUAAUAUUCCCACUCACCCGAUACCCGCUAUGCAACUAGCCUUCUCCGAGUCCCUGGUUGAAGCCACCUGCCCUGUCGUGUCGAAACCGAAGUUGAGGUUUGCCCCUGCGAGGGAGCGUAGGAACUACCUGUUGAGCUGUGCGAAGGGCGCAAAGCUACACGGUGAUCUAUGGCGUUCCCGGCCGGGCCAGCGUUACCACGAACUCUGGAAGCUUAUGGCACAGAUAUCCUUCGGCGUAUAUCUUCUGCUGUAUGGCAUCGCGAACAGCAACGAGCAAGUGGUCAACAUCUUGCAAGGCCACAUCGACGAGGUGGACGAGUUUCUCGAGACGACGUUAGAGGACGUCGACUUGGCAAUUCAGGAUAUUCGGGAACGCGUCAACUUUUUGAAACUGCCGAUGGAAAAUAUUGCUACCUUUGAGGAGAUGCUGGAGGACCGAAACUUUCGGCUACAAAUUGUGACCGGGAACGAGAAGAUCGAGCAUAUCAUCUCCCGGACGACCACAGCACUGGAAGCAACUAUCCUGGACCUCAACGAAGGCCUCCGAGCGACUGACGAAUUUGCCACGUACCUUGGCGGCCAGCAAGAUCGAGCGUGGCGCCAGCAACGCCCCGAGGUCGUAGAGAUAUUCGACGCCAUGAAGGGGAAUGCUCAAGGGUGGCAUAAGGCUUUUGCAGAGUUGCGAGGAACUACGUCGACGUUGGAUAGGCUGCUUAGUAGGUUGGGCCAGAUGGUGGCCGAGACGAAUUACCGGGCCGGGGAGGUGAGCCGGAGGACAAGGUUUAGCGUUGCUCCUUUCACUGGCCCGUCUAGCCAGUCCGUGCCGAAGGGCAGCUCGUCGGGUUCGUUCAUGCUGUCAUCUGAUAGAUACCAAGCAGUCAAAUCUCCGAGCAGGACGUCUCAGAAGUCUCCGUCGGGAUCCGCUACGGCCAGAGAGACACUCAUGGUUGUUCAAUUCAGUGCCCCGAUAGAACUGGCAGAACCGGCAGAGCUGGAGGCGAGCAGCCCUCCCCAGAUGGUUGUGAGCCUGGUAGAAGAUGCGACGCCCGAUCGCGAGGAAGAGAAGGCCGAGCCUGCGAUGGACGAGGGCCUUUACAUCUUGCAGCCGCGGACGUACACUCCGCAGCCGCCGGAGCCAGUACCGUCGCCUCGAAUCCAGGACCCUCCGAGCCCGAAGCGCGAGGAGCAGCCGAAACGGGAGGAGCAACCGAAGCGAACGUCCCUGCGCCAGAGGAUCUCUCUCAAAGGUAGCAACCUACCGGAGGCGAUCCAAGUUCCUUCCCGGGACGCUCCCGAGUUUCAGAGACCGAAGUAUCCAAUCGCUCAGCAGGCUUCGCCGCGGCACCAGUCUCCACGCAUGUACCAAGGUCCGGACUCUGCCUAUGGUUCGGAUGUCGAGGCCCGUCCCGCUAUUCAUUCGGUGGUCGACCCCGUAGAAGACAUCGUCAAGAUGACACCGCCAGCCUUCCCGCUCACGACGAUACCCUCUCCACUCUCCGACCAGCAGCACUAUUUCCCUGUCCGAGCAAGUCCCCAUUCCCCCCUGCAGCAGAGACCUUGGACGGCAGGCACGCACGUCCAUCCCGGCCACCUGCGCAACCAGCCGUCCGCGAUGGGAAUGAGUAUGCUGAGUAACGUAACGACGAUCACUCCGGAGCGGAAGACGAUUAAAAAGAAACGCAGCGCCUUCGGGUGGCUAAAAAAGGCAUUCUCGCUCGACGAGGAGGAACGGGCGGAGUUCGAAGCCAGGAAGGCUCAGCAGUCGCCGAAUCCGUACUACAGUGCCCGAAGCCCGCAGUUCCUGGACGGGAAGCGCGUCGCCGAAUAUAGGCGCUACCAACCGUGA